AUGUUACCCCCCAAAGCAAAAUUCGUCCGCGAAUUCGAGCGCAACAACAGCCUCACACGCAAAUCCACAUCCACAUCCACAACCCCAUCCUCCAAAAUCUUCACCCACAACCUAAACUACACCUUCGCGGCCCCCUCAGUCCCGGACAUGACCUACUUCGCCCGCAUCCUGCACUACCAACGCUACGGCCACGACGGCCUCGCCUGCUCCGGCGUGUGCUCGAGUAAUUUCACGCUGCCCAUGUACGAGAAGCAGGGGUACAUGUGGCCUUACCAAGUACGAUACACGGAGCGUCCCGGCUCGCGGGGCUCGCUGAAGAGUGAUAAGUCCUUUGAUGUCGCGGGAUACCGGCGGGAGCUGGCGGCUGCGGGGUGCCCCUCCACCCCGCUUUUCCAAACCAUCACGGCCAAGACUUCGACAUCGCUCUGCGAAGGGUUCUCAGUCUAA